AUGGCCUCAACCGAGAGACCGCAAAUUCUUCUUCUUUCUCUCGCGUACAGCGACUUCAUCGAUGAAAGUUACUCCACGCUCUUCAACAGGCUCUUAAAAGUGGCGGUCAUCAAGCGCGCAAAGACCGCAACCGCCGCGCUCAAAGCCAUCGCCGAGACCACCUUCAAAGCAAUCAUCAUAACAGACGAGGGCCUUACCGAAUCCGACCAAGAGACCCAAAAAGUACUCGCUAGAAUCAAAACUUACAUUGAAAAUGGCGGUCUUACCAUAGUCGGUCUACACUUCCCGAACUUCACGCACAUGGACAAGUUCAGGGAGUUUUUCGAGACCUUUGGCCUUCCCUGGGACAAUGGCGACUAUCAUCGCACAACCUUCCAACUUAAUCCAUCAGGUCUCUUGCCCGAAAGCAUUGAACCAUCUUCCUUGCCUGAAUCAUAUAGCAUGAAGGUACUUCAUGUCAAGAACGCUAAACCUGAGGAAAAAAUAUUUGUUCCGAUUGAUGGCGCGGUAACUCAAAGUCUUGUUUUCCCUCCAAUGUACGUGAACCAGGCCCAAGCUGGUGUUGUAGGGGCAAAGCUCGGGCGGGGUCAUCUUAUUUACUGUGGGGAUGUUAACGGGGAGGAUGGAUCCAAUCAGCUUAUGUUGGCGCUUUGCGGGUUUUAG